AUGUCGCGAGGGAGGGAUCCUUUGGCAUUGAGCCAGGUAAUCGGUGAUGUAUUGGAUCCUUUUGUAAAGUCAGCUGCAAUGAGGGUUAAUUAUGGUGAGAAGGAGAUCACAAAUGGCACCGGGCUACGAUCAUCUGCAGUGUUCAAUGUACCGCAUGUUGAGAUUGAAGGUCAUGACCAAACGAAGCUCUACACACUUGUUAUGGUGGAUCCUGACGCACCAAGUCCAAGCAAACCAGAGUACAGGGAAUAUUUGCAUUGGUUGGUGACAGAUAUACCAGAGGCAAAAGAUGCAUGUUGUUUUGGCAAUGAAAUAGUUCCCUACGAAAGCCCAAGGCCACCCGCUGGAAUUCAUCGGAUUGUUUUUGUGCUAUUCAAACAGCAAGCACGACAAAGUGUUUAUGCACCAGGAUGGCGGCAAAAUUUCAACAUAAGAGACUUCUCGGCAAUUUACAAUCUUGGACCACCAGUUGCUGCACUAUACUUCAACUGCCAAAAGGAGAGUGGUGUCGGUGGCAGAAGGUUCCAAGGAUCAAGCUGAAGGACAGAUGCAGAUAAACAUCUAUAACAAGGCAGUACCAUUCAUAAUUUAGAAACUAAAAUCCACAGAUAUCAGUUGAAAAAAUAUGUUUUAUUAGUUGACAGUUAAGUACUAGAGUAACUGACUCAUAUCAUAUGAAACAAACUAGCAUUUCGAGGUCAUCUUCAGAUGUCACCCAUCUCAAUAAAAGAUUAUGAUGUUCAUAUUAGCAAUCAUGAGAAAAAGUGUUCAGUUGCAAGCAUCACUGGUGUUCAUUUGUUCUUUUCGCCCUAUGCAUGAAUGCAAACCAGAUCCUUGCAGGCAUGCAAGUCUGCAGUUCCGAAGGCCUUUUAAACUGAAAUUGUUGUGGACUACUUUUUUUUCAGAAGAGACAAGAAAACAAGGAUUGCAUAUCGCUCAUAAUGGCAUAUAACAAUAACACCAUGGAGACUAUAAAAUAAGAUUACAAAAAGGAAAACAAGUAUCUGAUCCUGAUUAAGAAAGAAAUGUUAAGG